UGUGGCGCUGUCGGGCAUUACUGCGAAGGUCAUCGGCAGCGUCUCUACGGCCCGUGAAAUCCCUGCCCGCUGAUGCCACACCUAUAGUUGGUUCAGGCUGUGGCCCCUAAGAGAUCCCUCAGCUGCGUGUGAGAUUCCCGAGCUCCCGAUAUAUAACCGUCCGCACUCGCAUAGCGCCACCCUGACUGAAAGCCAUGGCCAUGCUGCGAGUGUCGUCGUACCGCCGCUUGUUCGAGGAGGCGCAGUGGAACAGAGUGCAGGGUCGUUGUGGUUUGCAGCCCCGCUGGAGCCCUAGGAUGGUCGGGGCUGCCGACUGCCCGUGGCAAGAGCCGGACUUCGAAGAGGCUAGGGCCCUCAACCGGGAGGGCGUGUCUCGGUUCGUGCGUGAGCGAACCCUGAUCGCAGAGCUCAAUGACCGGCUCGCCUUCCUCGUGGAAACGGCGAGGUGCCUGGAGGAGGAGAACAAGUCCCUGGAGGCUCAAGUAGUGGAGCUGGAGGAGAGCAGGAGCGAGCAGAAGACCGUGCUCCGUUCGGACCGGGUCCCUGACCUCAGCCUGGAGGCUGUGAUGGAGCAGCUGCGCAGAGAAAAGGAGGAGAUUCUCUGUGAUGUCGCUGAACUGAAGCAAGAGCUGCAAUGUCUGCGCAGGCGGCAUGAGGAAGUGGUCACCCACAAGUCCCUCGUCCAUCAGGAGAGAGAGCUUGUUGCAGCGGACGUGGAUGCGGUGACUGCCGAAUGCCUCGCGCUUAGGGACCAGGUGGCUGUCUACGAGGGGCGGCUCGCCGCCCUGCAGAAAGCGCAAGAAACGAGGGUUCAGAGCCUGGUGGCUCCAGCGUCUCCAGCUGCCGUAUCCCUGGUGACCCCGGAGUUUCUCAGCCCCGAUGUCACCCCUGUCAUCCAGGAGAUCAAGGAGUACUACUGUGAGCUGGCGGAGAGCCUUCAGUUUGAAUCAAAGGCAGCGGUUGCAACUGCACCGGAGGACCCCAGGAAGAAGGAGCACGGUCCGGCCGAGGUCUCCACAGCUAAGUUGAUGGAUGUUGCUAAGGUGACAGACCCCGAUGAACUGAGGAAACGGAUUGCAGAGCUGCGCAGGGAGCUGGCCGAGCUGGAGAAGUGCGGUGGGGAACUGGAGGACCAGAUCGAGUCAAGGAGAGCGGCGCACCUUGAGGAGAUAGCCGAGCUGGAGUGCUGUGUUGCGGAAUUGGAGGAUGCUCAGGCAAACCUGGAAGCCAACAUGAAGGAGCACUGCGGCGACUAUGAUGAACUGCUUAGUGAGAAAAUGGCUUUGGAUAUUGAGAUCGCAGCUUACAGGGGCUUUGUCGAAGAGGAAGAGGAGAGACUGUGCUCUCUGUGAGUGAGUGGAGAAGAGAGGUCCAG